ACAAAACACUCCUGUUUUUUCCCCCCUAGAUCUCCUUUUAUAAUUUGCCAUAUAAUUCACCCAGAGUUUAGAAAUGUUUGUUUUACAAGCUGAUCUCUACAUCUGAAUAACUGGCAAAAUUCCUGUUCAACUAAAGUGCCGAUACUCACACAGAGCAAGCUUAACUUACUCAUGACGUUAGCAUACACUGAUACAACCUAACAGCAGGUGUUUAGGUAUUUUUACAGAUUAGGUUCCUAUUCCAUAAUACUGCCUGUCAUUUCUUUCUCUGUAGUUGCAUCACUAAUGUAGAGAAGUCGAUCAAGGAUAUAACAUUUUUAUAGGAUUUACAGGUAUCUAUACAAAUUUUGCAUAUGUUAAGCAAAAGAAGAGGACAGUAUCCUGAAAGAGGAUUCUGUUUUUUUUAAAGGCAGUGUUUGACAUCUAGCAGAGUUAGAACAUUCAUUCCUUCAUUCAUCCAUCCUCACUAAGCACUGUAUCCUGGUCUGGAACUUGGUGGGUCCAGAGCCAAAACCCUGGAAACACUACAAGGCAGGAAUACACCCAUACACACAUAGGAACUUUGUACUGGCAUGUUUGGGGAAGAAACCCAGAGGAAACCCUCGAGGACACAGUAGUAGCAGUAAUGCUAAGUGCUGUGCCUCUGUGCCACACUGACUUUGAAUAAACAGCACUUUAAAAAAAUGUAUAUAUCUUAAUACAUACUAUUUAACUGUUCAUGUUGCUCAUGAUAUUAGAGGAGCAUCUGUGAAUCCUAACCCACUAGAUCUGUGGCUAUAAAUUAAAUUUAUUAAGUUAAUUAAGUUUUUCUUCAUUUUGUCCUAACACAGGGGUGCUGAGUCUUAUGCGGAAAGGGCCGGUGUGGGUGCAGGUUUUCAUUCCAACCAAGCAGAAUUAAAAGCCCAGAUCAGCUGAUGAAAGUGGAAUCAGGAGUGGCUCCUGCUUGGCUGGAAUGAAAAGCUGACCCACACUGGUGCUUUGUGGAGAAAACUGGACCCCCCUGUCCUAAGGGUAUGCAAACUUUUGCAUUUACAACAAACAACCCCUGCUUGUGUUACACUAGAGGGCGGCAUUUAGCACCUUUUCACAUUUAAGGAGUCGACAAAAACAAAACAAAAAUAAAAUAAGUAUAAAUACUUAUAAUAUAAUUCACUCAUUUUAAUUAGAGAAGAGGAACAGUAGUUAAUAAGGUUACAAGACAGUGUGCUUGUUGGUUGGUUACGGUUUGUGCCGUUCGUAAGAACCGGAUUGUAAUUGAUUUCAUUCCUGCUUUAUCAGAGCUCGUAAGGGGUUUUGAGCGUCAUAAAAACACGCUCUGUACCGCACUUUGUAAAGCUGUUGAGAGAUGAGAAGUGCUCGGUGCUCGGUGACGCUGAAGGCGCGGCAGUGAGGGACUUUUACUGUGAAGUGCUGUGGGCAGUGCGCAUGGCUGGGGCUCAUGGCGCGGUGCCCGCUGUUUCUCUCCGGCGCUGUGCGGAGCGGCUGCACUCAAAUCAGGUCAUCAGCAGCGGAUCAGCACGAGCCACCGGCGCGCGCGCGCACUCACACAUCCACGCUCACAUACAUAAACACUCGCAUCUCUUUCCGCACGCGCACCGAUGCGCUGAGUCUGGAUAAAGAGUGAUGCUGUUCUGGAGCUUCCCUAGUGAGUGUAUAAACGCUGCACUCUGACUGAUGAGCUGGUAUGCUGAUUAGAACGUUGCUCAGCCGAGCAAGUCCUCCUGGGAACAGCAACAACUAUACACCUGCCUCAAGUACCUGAACAAGCUCCACCUGGAUCAGUUUCUCUCCUUCUCUCCCUCGCUGUUUCUCUGUACUUCUGUCUGUCUAAGGCAGCCAUGAUCGCCUCGCUCUGGCUGGGGGGGUAACGGUGUAAAUUGGAGGAUUGGCGUGUUGGUUGCCGUGGUGAAGUGGCGCCGUUAUCUCAGCAGCAGUGUCAGCAGUGUGAUGGACUCGUGAGGUGAAGAUGGCAGCGUCGUGGCUGUGUCGUCCCCAGCAGCCCCAUCAGAGUGGUUAAGGAGGAAGACGACGCUCUGGGCACAGGAGCAGCAUGCAGGAGGCUGACCUACCGGCCACUAAUGCUUUCACAGAGUGCAAGUUCCUGUGCACCAAUGGCCGCUGCCUGGACCUCAGCUCGCUGGUGUGUGAUCAACUCAACCACUGUGGAGACAACAGUGAUGAGGAGAACUGCCCCGCUUCCACCCAGCACCCUUCUCCUGCCCUGUUCUACUCUGAAUUGGAGUUUGUGCAGAUAAUAAUCAUAAUCGUGGUGAUGAUGGUGAUGGUGGUGGUGAUUAUCUGUCUUCUGAACCACUAUAAACUCUCGACAUGGUCCUUGAUGAGCAGGCUGGGCCAGGCCAGGAGGCAGGAGCACUCUCUACAGCCGGAGGGAUGUUUUUGGCCAUCAGAUAGUGGAUCCAGACAAGGAGCUUCAGAGGUGGUGUAUGCUCCUCAUCCUCGUGAGCGCUUCAGCACUCCCUCAUUCCUGCAGCGAGAUCGUUUUAGCCGUUUCCAGCCUACCUACCCUCUCCUGCAGCAGCACAUCGACCUGCCACCAACCAUCGCACUUUCGGAUGGAGAGGAGCCGCCGCCGUACCAGGGCCCAUGCCCGUUGCAGCUGCGCAACCCCGAUCAACAGCUCGAGCUGAACCGCGAGUCAGUGCGAGCGCCACCCAACCGCACAGUCUUCGACAGUGACCUGAUGGACAGCCAUGGCCCGUGCCCACCUAGCACCAACACAGGCAUCAGCGCCGCCAACUGGAGUGCCCACGGACGCACGGAGGGCCCUCCACCUGCCUACAGUGAGGUCAUGGGCCACUACCCAGGCACGGCGUUUUACCUUCACCAGCACAGCAAUAACCAGUCCUCCUCCGUGCCAACUGUUCCUGGUGCCAGGACGCGCCAGGGCAGCACGGAAAGCACAAUAGUCCUGAGCAAAGCCAAGGACAUGCAGAGAGGGGAGCUAGUGUAAGGUCAGCUCUCCGUACCCUCUCCUUUUACUGGCUACAAAGGGGUGUGGUCACUUUCUGGACACUCCCAUGCACAACAUAAAAUGCGUCUGUCUUCACUACAAAAGCAAAGCCACAUUACAAGAAGGAACCAAGCGGAGCAAAGCUUACAAAAUAACAUUUUAUUGACUGUCUCUCUCAUAAAAGACAUAGCAAAGCUUUGUAGUGCUAUUUUGUACUUGUGUAUUACAUUCAGAUGGGAGAUGAUAUUAGCACAUAAGCUUUUUUUUUUUUUUUUUUCUCCCUUUUUCCCCCUCCUCCUUUUUGGUCAUGUGCUCUACAAAACACCAACACAUCCGCACGUAUAGGACGGGACUUGGAGUUGAGGAUAAGUUUUCCAAGAUCAUGAUCUGUGCACAAUUAAGAUUUUAAAGAGUAGUUGAAACAAAAAUCCAAAUCUUUAGUGCCAAGGUUUUUGUGUGGGGGCUGGCGUGAGGGUAAACACUCACAAUCAUACAUUUAAAUCAAAACACACAAAAUUUGCACUAUCUUUAUUGUGGGAAAGAGAAGAGAGAAAUACAAUGCAUGGUCUUUGUUGUUAAGGAAACUCCAAAGUUGGUGAUCUGUAGAAGCAGUAGGGUUUUCUCCUUACUUCUGCACAAGAGUUACUUAUAUCCAGCCUAAAAAUCCUCCUUCCCAGCUCUUAGUCCUCCUCACAGUCUUUCAGACACUUACACAUCUUGAGGUCAGAUGGAUGCUAACAGAAUGUUACUUUUACUUAAUAUUGUCACUUUACAAGCAGAAAUGUUAUAAGGUUUAAAGUAAUUACUUUUGUUAUGAGCGUAGACUUUUUUAAGUAUCUAACAGUCUGAAGGACACUUUCCUCCUGUAGCAGUGUUAAAAUCAUUAAGUUUCUCUCUAAUAGGCUUAAAUCACACAAAAGACGAUGAGGGAAAGGUGUCAUGUGAGCAGGGUCGUGCUCUUAAAGUUAUUGAUUUACGAACUGCAGUCAAGGCUCUUGUAAUCCUCUAUACGUGUUGCACUUGGCCCGUGACAAAAACCAAAACAGCAUUUAUUUAUCCUCAGAACGUUUUAUGGAUGUGAGUUGUUAUCCUGUGCGUUGUACAGCAUGGACGGAAGCUUCUCUUGGCUUUUCCUUACUUGAAACGGCUAAUGCUGCCCAUUCGUGCACUCUUUCACUUUCGGUCCCUUUCUCGCCACAGAUCCCCAUCUGUACAAUGUUGUGAUGGAUGGUGCCAUAGUUACCAGAGUGAGCAAAAACAAAGAAGCAUACAAACAUAGCCCAUAUUGCUGUGCUGUCUACGUCUCCUAGGAUAGGUAGGAUAAUCAAAUCAAGUUUAGUGACACGGUGAAGCUAAGGGCUAAAGUAAGGGUUGUUCACUGUAAUAUCUCAUUAACCCAGCCUUCCUCUGAUUAGGUUGCCUUUUCUGCUUGUCCCUUCUCGCUCAAUUCUCAGAUGUGUCGGUAUUUACGCAAGUGGUUUCUCCUGUGUUUGUGAUUUGAGAUCAACUCCGGCUUCUGUCUGUGUUUAUUCACUCUGAGGAGUCUCGAUUGCCUCCGCUCAUGGAGAAGCAGUAAAUGAUCAGUGGCAUGGCAGGUCUUCAUGUAAGAUUUCAGCCACACUGCAUGAAAAGACCAGAACUGAUCCAAACUUAGCAGUCUACGAUGCCUAAGAAUACAUGGAUGUAGUUCCAUUGCAUAAAGCUGCACUCUUCUCUUUAAUAUACAAUCAUGUUCUUAUUUUCAAUCCAUAGCAUUAUGGGUAUUUGGCGAACAGAUCCAAACCAUGGUGCUACAUUUAACUUGUAGAAGUUUACAAUCCGAGCAAACUUUGCUGUUCUCUAUUAAACUUGUCAGAAUGCAUUAGUGGUCAGCACUGAUGUGGUGUGAGAGAUUGGAUGCAUGCAGGCCGUUGGUUAGCUGACACUUUGACUAAGUGGAGGUUAGUUAGCUCUGAGCUCUUAGAUGUUGAUUUUUGACCAGGACCCAAAGGAACUUUUGCCUUGUAGUGUGGAACACAUCCCUUUAAUGUCACUGCUAAAGACUGAGAAUCACCUUUUCUAGCCCUUUUUGUUCAUCUAGUGCAUUGAACAUGGACAAACAUGAUUCAUUUGAAACAUCCAUUAUGUAUGUUUUUCCGUUGAAGACUUUUUCACUGACACAUGCUUGUCAACUGCCCUUUUGUUCAACAUUGUCAGUAGAUUUUGAGUAUCACUGCCCCUUAAAUCGGUGUGUUUGGCUGUCCUGUACAGUGUGUGUGUGUGUGUGUGUGUGUGUGUGUGUGUGUGUGUGUGUGUGUGUGUGUGUGUGUGUGUGUGUGUGUGUGUGUGUGUGUGUGUGUGUGUGCGCACUUGUGUGUGAAAGUUUAUUCAUGAAGACGAUGUGACCUGUAGGCUAGUUUGUCCAGCUAGAUUACGAAGCCUGGUUUCUCAAUCUGGCUCUUGACCUCAAGCCUUAACUGCCUAGAAGUACACUUGAAAGACAAUGAGACAUUUUAGCGGACACUGACUAAACCCAGACCCAGACUAAAAAGUGUCCUCAAGCUUGUGUGUGUGUUUGUGUGUGUUUUGUGUAGAAAGCCAGCUCAUUCAGCAUGCAUAUUCAGGGCUGGUUCCCUGAUCAUAUAUUGAGGAUGUACAUACACUAUUUUUCUUUGAAUCACCAUUGUGUGUGCGUUUAGUCCGGGACUAGGUCUGGUCAGUGUCUGUCAGUGUUUGGAAGGACGUGAAGGAUUUCUGUUACUAAGCAUUUACAUAACGAACAGAGCCACUAUCUGCACACUUCAUUAAGCAGGAGGUGUUUUGGGCAUAAAUUAAAACUAGCCAAGGAUCAAAUGAGUAAACACGGUUCAGUCUAUUUUACUUCCAGUCUAGGUUUAAUCUGUACCUGGAGACCUGAACCUACACAAAAGACCACAAAUCUUAAACUUUUCUACUGCAAUGCCAGCAUUUAGUAAGGGCUUCUGCCAGCUACCCCACGCAUCGUGUUCUUAUUUUAUCUAACAAUAGGUUGAGAUGGACUCAGCAAGUCGCGCCACCACUUGCAGAAAGACUGAACAAACAUUUCUCUUUGUUUGGUGUCAACUGAGAUGCUUGAAAGCAUUAUGGUCAGAUGUUUUCUCCCUUCAUUUACUCUUCCAAAGAGCUCUCAGAGCUUGUCCUUCAUCUGUGCUGUUUAAUGCUGCUGCUAUCGCCGCUGCUGCUGCUUUCGCCAAUCGAUUGCGAUCUGGCCCACGCUUGUUGGCUCGACCCUUUUCUCAUUUAAUGACCAUCAUUUCACCGUCUCCACUCGGCUUUUCCUGCCUUGCUUUGUCUGAUUGUUGUCCUCGCUACAAACAAGUGCUCGUUUUUGUUGUCCGUGGAAUGAGGCGUUAUUGCAUGUGCGUAUGAUGUGAGCUAACUUGGUGCCUAAUGUUCACGUUUUGAGCAGACGUAGGAACCCACUUGCACUCUUUAAGCUCCCACCUUUGGUGUGCCUCACUUCCAACGGUGCUUUUUAUUUCUCUGGUCUGUCCGUCUGUGUUUCUUUUUCUGUUUAAUUGUUUCUCUUUUUUUUUUUUUCCUUUUGUAAGGUGCUGUAAAUAACUUGAAUAUGUUAUGCACACAUAUCCUACCCAAUGGGUAGAAACCACAAAAGAUAUUGUUAAUAGUGUAAUAUAAUGUAUAGAUGGUAUAAAAAUUUAACACAGUGGUAUCAGGUUUGUAAAUGCCUACAGUCAAAAUGUGCUUUUGUCUUUUUUUGUAAACAAGGAGGUUUGCAAACAAUACUUAAAUAUGAAUUACAGAAUGAUUACAAAGUACUACUUAUUUUUCUUAUGGAUAAUAACAAUAUUAACAGUAUGAAUGGCAGUUCUAGGACAAGAGAGUUGCUUGAAAUAGAAGAUAAUUUUUUUUAAUCCUACCCCAAAUAACAUAACUUGUAUAAUUUGCAGUUUAAUGGUAGAAUUGGCAUACCGGUGCAAAUCUAUGCUACAGUGUACAUUUUACCAUAACAUUUUCACGUUUACCACAAACAUUUUCACCCACAACCUGUUGGAGGCGUUGAACUAGCUAGCAAACUGUAUCAUGAACAUUGUUUUAAUCACAUUUACAAAAUGGAUUUGGUUCCAUGCAGUCAUUUGGCAGCCAGAGGAAGCUCUUAAUUAGAUCAUGUUCGGAAAGUGACAGCAGUGACAACACUUCAUGAAAAAGGCGUCAUGACGUUGAUGUCUAAAUUAAAUGUGUAAACUUCUUACAGCUUCUUUCCAAUUCACCAAUACAACAAAUCUAGAAUGUAAUAUAAUAAAAUCAUACAAGUCCCUACAUUCCCAAGGUUGGUGAAACUGGUGAUUUAGGACAUGGACAUGCUUUACCUUGCACACAGACAGGAUGAAAUCAAGUUUCAUAAAGGAGCAGCUUACCAAACGUACAGAAAUACUCAAAUCAUGACAGCAGAGACUUUGCUGUUGCUUUUGGGAAUGUUGGUAUGUCUGUAUUGCAUAUAAACCAUCAGUCACUGUCCAGAAUUUGUUUAGAAAGUGCAUAUAUUCUAUAUUAUUUGAGGUACUUUGUAACCAUGUAAUAGCCAGUCUUAAAUUUCCAUGCAGUGCUAUGCUUCUAGCCUUUUAAUAAUCUAUCCAGACAGCGACUACACUGACACUUCUACCAUUCUUAUUUCUUACUUAUUUAUUUCACACAUUCUGUGUAAGUGGUAUGUCGGAACAAAAUAGGGAUUUUUAAUUACAGUUCUGCUGGGUGUCCACUGUAACUGUUGAGCACGUCCACAUCAAUGGAACUGAAGAUAAUGUACAUAGCAACGCCAUUUCAUUUCUCCAGUGCUCCAUGGCAGGUAGCCUUGAGAGGUUUGUGUUGUGAUGUAAAACCGCAGAAGGCUGUACGCUUAUGAGCGCUGACUGAAACUGAUUGCGCCUCGGUUUGUUUUCCUCAAAGCAUCAGAUGCUUGUGCACACCACCGCUAACCGUAGCUUUUCAGCAUUAUUGGUCAAUACUGGACUGCUUCCGUCAUGGACUUUGUAUCAUUUUAGUUUUUAUUUACAAAAAUUGUACCCCAGCAUUUUGUGUGUGUAUGCAUAAGUGUGUACUUGUAUUUCUGCAUACACGUACAUGCGUAUGUUUAUAUACACGUUAAAUAUGUGUAUUUUGCCUCUUUUUAUUUAAGCAAUUGUGAUGUACUAGGUUCUAGGCCUAAGGUCUGUUAUUGCAAUACUUUUUCAGAAAAAAAGUUCAAAAUAGUCAAAAAACGUUGCUCUAAAUGCUGUUGUAGUCAAAGAUUUUAUGCUUGUACUGCUGUGGUCAAACUACAGCGAAACCAUUAAAACGUAAAAAUAC